AUUAGCAGGUCAUCGAGUCCAGCCUCUCCAGUCUCAAAUCGCGUCCCAAAGCACGCGCUUAUUCCCAGACAACGCGAGAAGGGUGCGCGCUCCAGAGUGCAGAGUGCGUAGCUAGCGGCCAUGCCUGCCGACAACGCUUCCACCGACCCGGUGCCUCAAACCGGAUGACUGUAUGUGCAGGAGGCAGGCCCAACGACCAAAAGCUUGAUGUGGGAUAUCUCUCAUCUUUCAACGGGCUUGCCGUGUUGAACUCUCCCAAUGAUGAUGCUUUGAUCCACGUCAUUGCUGUCCACGGCAUCUAUGGCAUCCGACAGAAACCGUGGGCGCGCUCCGACUCGCCCGAGUCGACCUGGCUGGAGCCUGCUUUCACAAGGGCGCUCCCAGGUCCAGUCCGGGUCAUAUCAUACACGUAUGAGUCGCCGCCAGCAUUGUUGACACGAUACGGCAUCCAGCAAGAGGCUGCUCGUCUCCUAGACGCAAUCUUAUCACACCUGGAGUCUCACGCAGAGAAAUACGAAAGCGCCGAGAAAUCUUCAUCCGUUGUCUUCGUUUCCCAUGACAUCGGCGGGCUCCUCGUCAAGGCCGCAUUGAUUAAAGCAAGACUCAUGCCCGAGAAAUACUCGAGGCUUACGUCUAUCGUCAGGGGCCUAAUGUUCUUCGCCUGCCCACACAGAUGCAGCAGCUUGCAGAGCCUUCAAGAUCAGUUUGUGACUCUGCUCACACGGGACGAAUCUCCACAACAAGACAAUACAGCAACGCUGGCCCGGAGCCUCGCUGAAACCGCAAUCGAGAUCAACGGCGACUUCAUCCAUAUGGGGAUGCUACUUCAGGCGGGUGUCGCCAAUAUUUUCUCAACGGAUGAAGACGUGCGGCUUCGGGUGUUUGACAAGUAUACUGUCACGCUGGAUAUCCCGUCAGAGCGGCGGGUCGCGAGUCCCAAGCCCCAUGUCAACCUCACCAAGGCCUUUCUCCACUUGAGAGACAUCGAUAAGCCGGACUUCAAAGGCGCCGUGGACAAGAGUUGGGCCUUCUCGGACCUAGAACCUGAGACGGUUAACAGGUUGCACAUGUUCAUCUCUCAGGUCGCCCCCAUCUAUCCUCCAAGGCGCGCCGCGGACCCAUCAGACAUGUCUGCCCUCUCUGGCCAACAAGCUGUGCUCAAAGACUUUGUGGGCCGCAGGAGCAGCUGUGUCCUUCACGUCGGGUGCGCAUCUGGCACUGCUGCCACGUCAAUGGCAUCCGAAUCUAUCCUGUCUUACAUGUCCCAGUACGCCCCUAGACCGAAGACUUUCCACUUCGAAUUCGACGCCCGCGACGUCCGUCUUAACAAUGUCGACGCCAUGAUGCGGUCACUCUGGGCCCAGCUAGUUUGCGACUCAGCUUGGCCACUUGCGUUCCGGAUCAAAUGGGCUCUCAUUCGACAGUCUGUCACGAACCCACGCCUUGCUGCCGACAGCUUGUACCACAGCUGGAGAUAUUUCCACUUUACUAACGACUGCGACAAAGCCAUUUACGUUGUGAAUGGUCUGGAUAAGUGCGACGAGUCCUGGCGAUGCUUCGUGUCUGAGAUUCGGGACAUCAUCAGCACCACCGACAGUCUACUCAAGAUCAUCAUCUUGACUGCUGACGGCUCAGAGAAAAGUGCCGAAAUUCGGGACAUGCUGGCCACGCUCCCUGCGCAGAACCACGCGGACCUUGACGCGUCGUCAGUACUCACUGCCGGGUCGGGGAGCUCGCCCACAACGCAGGAACGCUUCCAACUGGCGCUGCUUCUCGACAAGAUGCCGAGGUUCAAGCCUCUGGCAUCGAGCCUGGAGGCCUGUUUUUUGAAACCUGGCUGGGACUCGGAUCUCGUGCACGUGGUUCUCAAAUGGCUGAGACACACCAAGCUGGCCACAAGCGUUGUCGAAACACAAAUCCGCGCCAUGGAUCCAUCCUCCCCUGCAUCCGUCUUCGCAGCCAUCGUCGGUACAGUCCCCAAAGAGCGCCAACUGUGGUUGCGCAGAUUUCUCUUCUGGACACAGGUUGCCAAGCGACGCCUCCGGGUCAGGGAAUUCUGCGCGGUUUCGACGUUGGCGGUGGAAUUAUCGAGAGAACCCGACAUCUCCAAGCUGCAGCCAAGCCACAGCUUCUACUGGAGGUGUGCCCUGGACGAUGUCCGAGAGUGGCUUGGCGGCAUAUUUGUCGUCAGGGACGGCGAGGUCUGUCUCGGACACGACGCAUUCGACGAGGUUCUGAGGCCAGAGACAAGCGAUGGCGAGCUCUACAGAGGUCACUUUGUCGUUUUGGAAACCUGCACCGCCUAUCUCUCCCUUGCAGGGCGUGGGAGACACUCGCCAGUAGUAUCCGUACUCGACUCUGAACCCCGUCAGAGCGACGAGGGCGACUCCGAUCUGGUGAGCCUGGUCGGUUCUCUGCCUUACGCGAUUGAGCAUUGGGCUUCGCACUACAAGCAUCUGAGAACGAGCUCCGACGAGUUCAUGCACUCCCAAGACCAAUUUGUGGCUGCCCUGCUCGGAGAUGCAAACUUCCUGCAGUACUGGGAACCGGCGUACCGCAACACACUGAGCCCGUUUAUGCGGCGACCGGUCUCCGAGGAGCGAUUGAGUCCGCUGGUCGCCGCAGCUGAGCUGGGACUUGAUGAUUUAGUGCGAGAGUUCCUACCCGCAUCUAGCGACGAGCGCCGGGUUGCAUUGGAAGAGGCAGCUAGAAACGGAAGAUUACGCACAGUCAUGAUCCUCCUGGAACCUGACGCCGAAGACGACGGGGCGAAAGCUGAAUCUCACAUCCCCUUCACCGAGGAGGCAGUCCUGGCAGCUUCUGUGUGCGGCAACGACCAGAUAUUCCGAGAGCUGGUGAAGAGGAUGGUCCUUUGCCGCAACCAGCAUCAGAAGAAGAAGUACUCUUCCUUACCCAUACUCCUCCUCCAGGCUAGUUGGCUGGGGCUGGACGAUGUUGUCAAGCAGCUGUUGGAUCUUGGAGCAGACCCCAACCUGCAAGAUAUGACAGAGACGAGUGCACGCUUGCCCCUCCACUUCGCCGCUCGCAGAAACAAAGUGCAUGUCCUCAGGGUGCUCCUGGACGCCGGAGCAAGUCUCACUGCGAAGGAACAAGACGGAGCCGGGGCGAAUGCCUUGCAUGCUGCUUGCAACUAUGGGGCGAAAGAGUGCGUCGAGGAGCUGGUGAAGAGAGGCGCACCGUUGGAGAGCAGAGAAGGUGCUGGGAAUUUAACGCCGUUACACCUCGCCAGCCAGCAGGGCUAUUACGAGAUAGUCCAGUUCCUGCUCGAGCAAAGGGACGACCCCCAAGAUUAUACGGAGGCAGAUGUUUCUCCCCUCUCUCUCGCCGCUAUGUAUGGCAUGCCACGCUGCGCGGAGAUGCUUCUGCGACACAAGGCCGACCCGAAUGUGCCCAAAAGCAAACCACCCCUCAGGGGUGCGGUCAUGAACGAGGACAUUGCCAUGUGUCGUAUGCUUCUCGAUUAUGGAGCACACGUCGACCACGUAUUGGAAGGACAGUCGCCAUAUCUCGUCCAGGCGGUCGAAUUCAAGAACAUGGAGCUCGUGAACCUUCUACUCGAGUACGGGCCGAAUGUCGACCUCAGCCAAAUCAACACCGGUAGCACACCGUUGUCGAUGGCCGCAGCCCUCGGGUUUGGCGAAGCAAUCCGGCGACUGCUCACUGCCGGGGCAAGCAUUGAGCUUCAGAACUCGACCGCGCAGACGCCCCUUUGGUCCGCCGCUCGAGAGGGCCACGAAGAGGCCACCAGGAUCCUCGCAGAGGCCGGCGCCGAUGUAAAUGCGCCGGCUGCCUCCGACUGGGCGCCUCUGCAGCUUGCCUACAACAGCCCCGGCGUAACACGCAUUCUCCUGGAUCACGGCGCAGAUGUGAACCAUGAGUCGGCCGGAGGCACAGCGCUGCGCCUGGCAGCAUAUUGGAACGAACCUGAGGUGGUGAAGCUGUUGUUAGAGAAGAAUCCCAACCUGACAACCGCGUUCGUGACUGCACUAGACAAAGGGCACCAUGAGAUUGUUGGGCUCCUUCUGGAGGCUGGCGCCGACGUCAAUCACGUCUAUCCCUUGGGCACGGGCUUCAACGCCUUGCGCCGGGCCAUCAAGGCGGACAGCGACGAAUCGGUGCGGGUCCUCUUGGAAUUCAAUCCUGAUGUCAAAACCCGGGACUACGAGGAACGUACUGUACUCCACGCGAUCCACCACUCGACUCCCGUGUCGUUGGUGAGGCGACUCGUCAAUGCCGGGUCGGAUCUAGAUGAAGAGGACAAUGUCGGACGCACGCCUCUCUGGUCUGCCGUCAUAGGAUCCAACGUUGAGGUAGCUAGAUAUUUGGUGUCAAAGAAGGUCAGGCUGCAGGGCUUUGGUGUCCCCGGUGAGGACGGCCUGAUGCAUGCAGCCUGUCGGUUUGGCAGCCUCGCCAUGGUCGAAUUCAUGAUGCAACAGGGUCUCGAUGUCAACGCCGACGGCGGUUGGCUGGGGACGCCCCUGCAGGCCGCAUGCUUGCGAAGCCCGUUCGACAGCUUCCCCGAGGAGAAUCAGGUCUCAAUCGUUCGCUACCUGAUCGGCGAGGGCAAAGCAGACGUCAAUGCCGCCACGGGGUUGCAUGGAUCUCCCUUGAAUACUGCGGCCGGCGUGUGUUGCUCGGAAAUUGUCGGCCUGCUCGUCGACGCAGGGGCUAGGGUUGAUGCGGCGGACCCGGUCGUUGGAAUGACCGCCACGCACCUGGCCUCCUCGAAUUCGCUCGCCGCCCUCCACGCCCUCAAGCUCGACGAGCACGACGACGACGCAAACUUCAAGCGACGAGACCUCACGGGCAGACUUCCGCUUCACUACGCUGCCUCGAGCGGCGACGUUGAAGUCUUGAAGGAGGUUCUGGCGAGGUCGCGGCGAGUUGGCCUGCAGAUCGACGAGCGCGACCACGACGGAUGGACCCCUCUCAUGUGGGCUGCCAGGACGACGGGCUUGUGGUGGACAACUAGGACAUACGAUCAUGUGGGCGUCAUCAACUUGCUCCUGGAUGAAAAUGCCGACACAUCCGUCACUGCGCGCGGGAUCCGUCGAGAAUGGACGCCGUGGAAGGUGGCGAGGUAUCACGGUGCUGAUCCAGAGAUUGUGCGCCGGCUUGCUCCGAAAGGCUCUGCAAAGAGCAGCAACGACGCCACAACACCAAAGAGUUCACCUGGGUCUGCCUGCAACUGCUGUUUUCUGGGCAUCUGGGGUAUCUUCUACAAGUGCUUCUCGUGCAAGGUCAGUUUUGACUUGUGCUUCAAGUGCUAUCGACUCAAGGACGUCCUACACCCACAGCACGAGUUCGCCGAGUAUGGCCAGGAUUGGGAUGAGCAGAUGGAAGAGCCUGUUGCUCGGGGCAUAGUUCGUUCCGAUACCAUGGCCUCCGAACAUGCCAUUGACGGCGCCGCUGGAGAAGAGGACGAUGACGAGGAGGUGCCGUACGACAGCGGUUCCGAGUAGAGUGACUUUCGCAGGACAGGCUCUGAAUAAUGCAGCAUUAUAUCACUGCCUCGAGAACCGGAAUACAUCUACGAGUUCACGUAGAGUGCCGUAGUACCGAUGCCCUAAUUAUCAUCUGCUAACUACACCCUCCCUCCCUCCCUCAC